CCAUAAUACACACAGAUGAGAUAUAAUGGAAUGGUAACAUUUGACAAAAGUGUCAAAUCACAACAAAGGUUGACUUGAAGAGAAUUUGUUUUGAGUGUGGAUUGCAUGAUUUGCAUUUAUUUUUCAGUCAGACAGUUAAUCAAAAAUCAAAUAAAAUGUUUCAGUUUGGAUUCAACAUGUUUCAUGAAAUCAGCAGGCCCUUUAACAUGACCUACAAGUGUUAUUCUGUCUCUAUGCUGCCUGGUAAUGAGAGACAAGAUGUAGAAAGAGGAGGAAAAAUUAUAAUGCCACCAUCAGCCCUGGAACAGCUAACAAGGUUGAAUAUUGAAUACCCGAUGAUAUUUAAGUUGACAAAUAAAAAAACUAAAAGGAUCACACAUUGUGGUGUACUGGAGUUUGUUGCUGAUGAAGGAAGAGUUUAUUUACCACAUUGGAUGAUGACCAAUCUAGUGGUGGAAGAAGGAGCCCUACUUCAAAUAGAGAGUGUAUCACUCCCCGUCGCCACAUUUUCAAAGUUCCAGCCUCUCUCUGAAGACUUCUUAGAUAUAACCAAUCCUAAAGCAGUACUAGAGAACUGUUUACGUAACUUCUCAUGCCUAACAACGGGGGAUGUGAUAGCUAUCAAGUACAAUUCCAAGGUGUACGAGUUGUGUGUGCUGGAGACCAAGCCGGGGAAUGCUGUCAUCAUUAUAGAGUGUGAUAUGAAUGUAGAAUUCGCGCCCCCCGUAGGUUACAAAGAAGAAGAGCGCAUACCUCGCGACGAUGGUGGCGCCGCCACUGGCAUGGACGAAGACCCUUCAAACAUGAUGCCAGAACCCAGCGGCUUCGUGGCAUUCAGUGGAGAAGGCAACCGGCUAGACGGCAAGAAGAAGAAGCUGAUCAGUGAGAGCGAUUCCGAACCCUCGGCUUCUCAGUCCAGACAGCCGUACGUCAGAGGUAUCCCGGACUACGACUACGUGAUAGGCACUCUCAGGUUCAUCAGGAACUCCCGGCCGCCCAGCGCUAAGGAGGAGACGCCCUCAGAACCCUUCACGGCUUUCAAGGGCGAGGGCUUCACGUUGAGAACUGCAAAGUCCAAGAACUGAGUAUAAGUAGUUAAUGUUAGAUUUUUUACUCGCCAUGUUGGAAGUGGGCGGAGCAGUCUUGUCGGUUUUUUUUUAUGUGGUAACAUUUCUUUUUUCAAAUUAGGUAAUGCUGGUUACCUUCGAUAACCCGCGCAUUUCAUAACAGAUCUUUUGCGCAGAAAACUCAAUAGCCGAGAAAUCUAUGUCAUUUGUACUGUAAAAAAGAUUUGCACCUUAAAAAUUAAUUGGUCAUAUGAAAUUAUAUUUUUUAAAUAAUAACUAUAUAGAUAGAGAACAGAAAACCAUAAUCCAAUUUUUAGGUAUGCCUUUAAAAUUAUUUAUCAGACCCAAAUAAUACCGUACGUACUUAAUUUUACAUGACUCAUUUCAGGGCUCGACUUUCAUUGUCACGUUAUCACUAGAUACGAUAUCGCUGCUUCGCCUACUAAACAACACACAAAAGAUAUCUAGAGUGUUUUAUAAAGUUGUGAUUGUCAAAUUAUUGAGCAUUGGAGCUUGGCGUUCGAAUGUACUUGCAGCAAAAGCUUGCAGAAAUGCUUUUCCCGCCAUUAAUUUAAACAAUUAUAACGUAGGAAAUAUUAAGUGAAAACACUGCACUUUUAUAAAGUUAAUUGUUUGUAAAGUAUAAGAGAUGUUGUCACACAAAUGUAAACCUUGCUCGUGGUUAGCCGCCGAAUACAUAGCCAGUUUAAUGCUUCUCUAAAAAUAUAAUAUCGACAAUGUCCGAUUGUUUUUAGGCAUGCUCAAUCAUUGGGUAAAAGAUGCGCAGAUCAUAUGUAAAUUGUUACUAAGCCUUCCUAGUUGCCUAUCACAGCUUCACACGUCACUAUUAUUGGGCAAAAUGACUUCUGAAGAUGCAAAGCAGGAGUUUGUUCUAAUGAGUACCUAUGCUAAAAUUCGGCGGCUAAUUAUAUCUUUGUUCUUCUAUAUUAAUGCUCAUUGAAGAUCCUUUAAGACAGCUAUAAAAACCUGCAACAAUUAUUCCAUUUUUUUAUAUCAAGCUGAAUAUAGAAUUCAUGAUUGUUAAUUUUUGGUUGCUUUGCAUUCUUCCUAGUGUUCAGUAAAUUAAAUAAUUUGUAUGUGUUAGUUAUAAAGAGCGUAAAGCAUUCUCUAAAGCUUAUGUUACGCUCGACGAGUCUUGCUAUUUUCAAUAAAAAAUUAAGAACAUCUUUUGCAUUGGUAUCUGCAGAACCAUGAGCUCUAUAGAGUGUAAUAUUUCUCUUUGCAAAGGCUUGAAUAUUUUGACUCUUUGAAAUAUUUUGUUAUAAGAGGAUUAUCAAUUUUGCCUAAUUGUUACAAACCAAUAAAUGUUGACCAUUUUACUCACUGGGGACAAAUGUCUACUUCUGGUAGUCCGGCAACAUUGCACAUAGUUGCCUAACUUUUCCAGCUAUAUGCAUUAUAGAUUAAAUUAAAUGUCUUCUAGUGGAUAUGAAAGUUUCACAAAAAACCACUUUGAGCACCAAUUUCAAGCAUGGUUUAAAUGUUAAUGUUGAUGUCUGAAUCUAGUUUAAGGGCCUUCUAUAUUUUAUAUCAUUCCAUAUAGAUGACAGCUCUUGUAUAGCAAUCUAUGACCCCUAGUAGCAAAAAGAAUUUUAUCCAUUUUAAAUCUUGCCGCUAGACAAAGAGAAUGGUUUGAGUUAAUAUGAACUCUUUUGUUUGGCAAUAAGAUUUAAAAUGGGAAAUAUUUUAUAAUUGAUUUCAGUGUGAUUUACCCUACUAAUAGUUUAGUUUGCUCAACAGUUUUUCAAGAUAUAAAUAUGUGGAUACUUAGGGCCUGCUUCACAUUUAAUAGAUUGGCUUUAUGUAUCAGAUAGUCAUAAUUGGAAAAUUUUAUAAAAUUACUGGAAACAAUGUUCCCAGGCAAGAUGUUAAGUCCAAUCCCUCAGAAUAAUAGAUACAGUCAGCUUUAUAAGUAAAAAGAAAAUCUAUAAUAGUUGAAAUAGCUGACCAAAUUAAUAUGUAUUAUGGUUUCAUGUAAAAUUAUUUGUUAGUGAGAAAUAAUUAUAACAUUAUUUAAAUAAAGAUCCUAAUAAAUCCA